CAUAGACAUAGAAUAAGAGAUAGUUAUAGUACAGAUUGCUGUUAUACCAACACUUGACAUUUGUGUGGUGCUGCGAUCGUUUGUUGCUUUUGAGGCUCAGUAAAGACACUUACUAGAUGGAUGGUCAUGCGGUUAACAAUCCUCCAAUGAAAAAUGACACCAAUAAUUCAUUUCGCGACGACAUUAUUGAUUUAACCGAUGAUACAGAGCCACAACAAGAAGAUCAAACUGUGGUUUCAAGCACCUCAAAUCUGGGUAGUGCUGUAAAUAAAAAGAUUCGUAUUUUGGAAAAUACACUACUAAACCCAAGUACAUCUACGGGGCUUCCUUUGAGGAUAUCACCAAGUUUAUUAACAUCUGGGAAUGAAAAAAACACUUCAAGCACGAGUUGUGAAAAAGAAUCUAAUGAAGCGUUUACAGAAGAUUUAAGCUCUCCUUUCAUAAAAACAUACACUGGGCGGAGAGGACCUGAAACAAAGCGGAAUUUGCCUAAUUUGUAUUUAACAACAGCUGAUGGUCUGCCUUUGCCUUCACAGGAGAUCAUCGUAAGCGACGACAUCGACAACGACGAUGUUGUUCUUGUGGAAGAACAGAAAAAAGAAAAACCGUUAAGUACACUUAAAAACAGUACGUGUAUUACCGGAAACCGAAGCGUUGCUAAACCAAAAGAAAAACCUCCGGCACCAAAACCGCCUCCAAGUCCUACUGGACAAAUGAACACAGUUAACCAAACCCCAAAUAUAACACCUCUCAGGCCGACGAUGAAUAAAAAUGUGGUCAGCACCCAAAUCACGACGGCGAAUCUAAACCCAAAUAGAUCGGUUAAACCUGUGGAAACAGGAAUAGUUAGCCCUAAUUCACGGUUGAAAAAAAAUACGAAUGUAGUGGUCAAUCCACUUAACUUCGCACCGAUUAAAGGAAUUGUUAGCCCUAAUUUACCGUUGAAAAAAAUUACAGCGACUUCAAAUUCGAAUAUAAAGGUCAACAAAACACCACACCCAACUAAUUUCAAACCGGUUAAACCGCUGGUUAAAGGAAUAAUUAGCCCCAAUUCACCGAUGAAAAAAAUUACGGCGACUUCAAAAUCGAAUAUGAUGGUCAACCCACUUACCUUCAUACCAAUUAAACCUAAACGAAUGGUCAGCCCUAAUUCACCGUUGAAAAAAACUACGGCGAUUUCAAAUUCGAAUGUGAUGGUCAACGGAGCACCAAACCCAAUUAAUACCAAACCGGUUGUACCUAUGGAAACACCGAUGGCUAGAGAAAUAAUCAAGAAAAUAAGAGUCAUCCCUCAUUUUCCGGUGAAAGAAAAUGCGGUGACUUCGAAUUUGGUGGUCAACAGCGCACCGAACCGUCCUAAUUUUAAAGCAAAAAUUUUAGCGCGGACUAAACCUAAGCCUAAACGUAAACCACCGGUUAAAGCAUUUAACCCAGUUGAGACCCUUGCAGAAAUUGUUGAAACUGCGACAGCAGUUGCCAACAUUGAACCACAAGAAAACGAAUGUCAACCCAACCAACCCAUAAUUUACCUUCUCUACCCUUUGCAAAACAGCUCCGAUGUUCUGGUUGCUUCAAACGACCCAAACCACGUUGAGGAAACACCGAUUGAAGAAGCGCCACCUUCCCCCAUAAUGACUAACGACGUGGAAAUUGAGCCCCCGUGUGUUGUCACACCUGUGGAUAUCACAAAAAUUCUCAAUCAAGGCAAGAAACCAGACCUGAUGAGUCGGUGCGAGGAAGCACCGCUGAAUGACGACCAGGGAGAUUUUUUGGGUUUUACACGACGCGAACGAAGGAAAACAGCUUGUUGUUCCUUCUAUAAAACUCUGCUCAAAAUUGAUAUGAGAAAUAUCAAGAUGUUGAAAAAGUCAAUAGAGCAAUUGUCCAACUAUCAGAAAAAUGUUAUCUACUGUGCGUGUCCCAGCGAUAACUUCCUACCGGAAACGAUAAAGGAGGAGUUGUCACCGGAGUGUAUCAAAAUUGAAGAUGAGGACAUUGACCCUUUUGAAGACCAGAUCCAUGAUGUUAUCUACAAUACCGACGCUUUGCCUUCUAUUAGCGAAGUCAUUUCGCAAGUGAAUGAAGAAGUGCGGCAAAUUAAACAAAUGGAAGCCACCAUUCAGAAGAACGAGUUGCAGGCAAAGUUGACUAAACCGGAACAGGCCUUGAAACUGAUCAAAGAAGGCUUAGAGUUGAUCCAGAGCUGGUCGAAGGAAGCAAAUUCCAGUGUAGAUGUUGAGGAAGUACCGAAGAAGAAGAGGGGAAGACGGAAAACAAAAAUUGAUGAAGAAGUGCCAAAGCCUCAAAAUGUAGUGCCCGUAAGCACUGUUACUCGGAAGAGGAGAGGUAGGAAGAAUAGGGAACUUGAAGCGUUGAAGAAAAUACAAAAGCGGAAGAGGAGUGUCGUGUCUGUCAGUGACAUUCGGAAUGACGUUAGACUUGAUGGGGAAUUACCGAAGAAGAGAGGAAGGAAGAAAAAGGUUGUUGAGGUUGACAAUGAUGAUGAUUUGUUAGUUGUGAAGAGAAUCGACAUUAUCAACCAAAGUGGGGUCAAGACAGCCAGAAAGCGGAAGGCGACGUGAUUUACCCUUAUUUUGUAUUAUUUAUCUACUUUUUUUACAAUAAAAGACUGUUUAAUAA